AUGUUGGAAUCACUUUACUUAAACGACAAUCAACUCAUUGGUGAGAUUCCUGAAUCAAUCGGUAGCCUUUCUAGCCUUAUAGUAUGCAAUGUCUCCAACAACAAGCUGGUAGGAACUGUUCCAGAUACACCUGCAUUUAGAAAGAUGGAUUUCUCAAAUUUUGCCGGGAACAAUGGGUUAUGCCGAUUAGGAACUUAUCAUUGUCAUCCACCUGUAUCUUCAACUCAUUCAGCGAAAACGAGCUGGAUCAGAGAUGGUUCAACUAGGGAAAAGAUAGUUAGCAUUGUUUAUGGUGUGGUGCGUAGCCCUGCUUUUGUCUCGCUUGAAGGGCAAACUAGACCUCAUGUCACUGAUAACUAUUAUUUUCCGAAAGAAGGCUUUACAUACCAGGAUCUCUUGGAAGCCACCAGAAAUUUUGCAGAAUCAGCGGUUAUAGGAAGAGGAGCUUGUGGCACUGUCUACAAGGCUAUUAUGAAUGACAGCGAAAUGAUUGCAGUGAAAAAGCUGAAUUCUCGAGGAGAUGGAGCAAACGUUGACCGAAGCUUCCUUGCUGAGAUUUCAACCCUUGGAAAAAUCAGGCAUAGGAACAUUGUGAAGCUGCAUGGAUUGGUUGACGAAUGUGUAACAAUCCCAAAAUCGAAGGACAAAUAUGAGAAAUCUCAAUCUUUCUCCAUUGCAAUAUUUUCAAUCAUCCACAACUCAGCAGUAAUAUCUGCUUGA